AAACGGCGUCGUUUUUUGGAGCCCCAAAUUUUCUUUACUUUCCCCAAUUCAGAUUACCCCCGAGCGUCUGGUUUCCCAAACCUUGAAUCUCCAAAUCCUCUAAAAUCUCCCCCAAUUCGAUAUCCUCAAAUCGGUUUCCCAAAAUCCCCAAAUCAAAAUACCUGUGAUUUUCGCCGAAGCCCCUUUGAUUCUCUUUUUUUUUUUUCAUUUUCAUUUUCACAGUACACUCCAUCACUCGCAUCCACUGAUUCUCAUUGCUUUUGCAGUACCCAUAUCUCAAAAUCAAUUCUACGUAGUGUUUUAGCUACCCAAUGAACGUCAACUGCAACUCUCUAUUUUGUAUUUCCAAUAUAUCGAUCUGUGUUUGAAGAUAUGGCGGAAGCGACUGUUUUGGCGAUCUUGGAGCAGAUGACUGCAAUCACCAUUGAUAAAGCAAUCGAAGCCUGGAGUCUGGUGCAAGGUGCUGAGAAAGAGGGUGAAAAUGCUUGAAACCAACUUUAAAGCACUCCGGUUGGAGCUUGAAGAUGCAGAGGAGAAAGAAUACAUGGACAAACGGGUUAAACUUUGGUUAGACAAGUUCAGAUAUGUUUCUUAUGACAUGGAAGAUGUAUUAGAUGAGUGGGAAACUGCAGUUCAACAGUUGCAAACAGAUCCUUCUGGCUCUGCUUCUGUUCAUAACUAGAAGGUAUGCCCCUUUGUUUCAUGCUUUUCUUCAGGUUUUCAAGUUGUCAAGCAUUAUAAUAUUGCUACCAAAAUAAAGGAAAUCAAUGAAGAAGUAGAUGAGAUUGUUAAAGACAAAAUUAGGUUUGAGUUGAUAAAAAGAAAAAUCAACCAACCUAAACGUCCAGAAACUAUUUCUUUUGUGGAUGUUUCAGAGUUAAUUGGUCGAGAUACAGCAUCAUCUCUGUUUUUUGUUUAAAUCUUUUAUGUUCGAUCUCAUUUUCUUUUUAAUUCUAAAAUCACUGUACAGAGAUAGUAUUUAUUAAUUUUUGAUAUAUCUAACAAGCAUGUUCUGUGGCUAAUAUUUUCAUAGUUGUUGUCUGUUUUUAGCUCGUAAAUUGGUACACCUUUGUUUUCUCUUGAUUCUGAUUUUGAGCUUGGUUUAUUAUUUACACAAUUUUGGCAGCAAUAGUUCAUCUAAAACUAUAUAAUUGCUUUGGCGAAUGUUAAGGAUGAGCAACCAGAAGUACAAGGACCAGCAGUUUUGGUCUCAACUGAAAGAGGAUCAACUAUCAGUCCAAUUGCUUAGUUGCAUUUUCUUAAAAAUCCAACCGCCGGCGAAUUCCUCUGUGGCAUUGAAUAUAUUGCUGAGAUUUGCAUGGAUGCAAACAGUGUUGAAUUUUAAGGUGUCUUUACACAGAGAAACAUUAGCUGCUAUUGUUGCCAGUCUAGAGAUCAUUCAUCGCGGCAUCUGGAAUUUCUUCAGGUUGGAGAAUGAACAUUUGAACAAUUUUGGCAAGUUCCGUGCAUUUAAAUCAGUACCAUUGCCUUUCAACUAUGAAGAUGACGAAGAUAGGGAUGUUUAGGCUGCUGCAAAAAAUAAGAAAUAUUGGAAGCAGAAAGCAAAGAUGGAAAAAAAAUUGUAUGUUAAGCUUCUCUUUUACACUUGAUAUGGAUGUUGGGGAGUUCAUUGUUCCUGUUCCAUACGUAAAGCAAAUAAAGAAUUGGAGAGAAGAAGAGAAGAACAUGAAGAAUUGCUCUUGGCAGAAAGGGUAUGAGAGAAUAUGGGUGAUUAAGUCAAAUGGAGAAAGGGACAUCAUGUCCUUGUUGUGUGCAAGUGUCUUCUCCCUGAGACAGGCAAGGAACUUGACAUCAAGAAUGGUUCAACUUAAAGAUGCUUCCUUGUACUCAUUCUCAUACUCUUUAUAUUUUCCAAUGCUUUCUUCAAGUAGGAUACUAAGAAUUUCCUGUACUAUUCUUUCUGAUUGCUUAUAAAAUAGUUUUCUCAUUAGAACCUUCAUUUUCUCUUGUCUUUUAUGUAUUUGUGUAAAUCAUUUUUCUUUGUUUAGUGACACAAUGAAUCUUUGAACAUAA